AUGAAUGUCACCCACAAGUUCAAGACUGAUGUAUGUAACACGCAAAUAUGGUUGGCCGCUUACGCAUGGUCGAAGAGGGAAUGUGAUAGACAUUUGCAGGUGCUUCGACAGAUGGAUCCUCCCAUCGCUGCUUAUGUUGACAAUAUAGGAUUAGAAAAAUGGGCUCGUCCUUAUUGUCUAGGAGACAGGUACAACAUCAUGACAAACAACGCUGCAGAAAGCCUUAACAACGUGACUGAAGAAUUUUGGGCAUAUCCAAUAACUUUUCUAGUUGAGUUCAUAAGGUUCACACUACAAAAUUGGUUUGCUAACCGUCUCGAGAAGGCAAGUAAGUGUGUUACCCCUUUGGCAACUCAUUUUGAGGAAGAUUUGAUAAAGCAACACGAGGAUGGUAGACGUAGAAGUGUCCUACGUAACGGUGCACAAUUGUUUAAUGUUGGAAGAGGUGCUGACGGUUCUGACUUUGAAAAAGGCGGAGAUGUGAACUUAGUUGAGAGAACAUGCACUUGCGGCAUGUUCCAAUUGUUGAAAAUUCCUUGUCCCCAUGCAUGUGCCGCAGCGCUUACUCAGAAUGUCAGUCUCUACGCUCUGUCAUCCCCAUAUUACACAAAGGAGACGUGGAAGAAUACUUACGAUGCAACAAUUAAUCUUGUGGGCGAGGAGGAUGAAUGGGUGCUUCCAGAACACAUGCAGAACAUGAGAAUCGGUGUACCAGUGGAGAAGAAACCUGUAGGUCGUCCAAGAAAGAGCAAUGCAGGAAGACUACAGACUAACCGAUUUCCAUCGAACGGUCAAAAAGUCAAGGAACCACGCAAAUGUUCAAACUGUGGCGCAUUGGGACACAACAAAGCUACUUGCAAGGCUAGGGUUUGA